AUGGCGUAUGCCGGAAGACUCGCAAUCGUUGCCGGGGGAAUCGGCGGGUUGGGCUCUGCCGUGGCUUACAAUCUUCGUGAACUAGGGGCUGAAGUCGCCCUACUCUAUGCACCGUUCGAAGCUGGCCGGGUCGAGGAGACUCUUACAAGGGUAUUUCGAAGCCGAACCCCCGACAGGGUGCACACGUUCGCGUGCGACAUCACGGUUGAAAAUUCGGUCCUAGAGGUCUUCUGUGAUAUUUCCAACCUCGAGCCUUUCCCAUCUAUCUUGAUCAAUGCUGCGGGAUAUGUCUCGGUCCAGCCCCUGGAGGACACUUCGGCAGAGGAAGCGUUGAGGAACUUCCUUCCCAACAUGUUAGGUCCUUUCAUCACCAGCAACGCAUUCUUCCACUUAUACCAAAGCCGAGCCUCUCACGCCGCUGGGAACGUACCUCCUGGACGUAUCGUGAGCAUUGCGUCUCAGGCCGCUCAUGUCGCCCUCGAUGGCCAUGGCGCUUACUGCGCAUCGAAAGCUGGACUUAUCGGACACACAAAAUGCAUGGCGAGUGAAUGGGGGUCCAGAGGCAUUACUGCAAACACCGUGAGUCCAACAGUGACGUGGACGCCGCUUGCAGCCAAGGCAUGGGCAGAUGACACCAAGAGAGAGAAACAUCUGGCUCAAAUUCCGACAGGCAGGUUCAGCUCACCCUCUGAAGUUGCCCACGCCAUUGAGUUUCUCUGUCGAGACGAAAGUGCCAUGAUCAACGGAGCAGAUAUUCGAGUAGACGGAGGCUUUACCAUUAGCAGAUAG